GCGUUUAUUUGUUUGUUGCCUUUCGGAUAUUACAGAAAUUUAUCUAACGGAAUUUUAAACAACAAUAACAAAAACAUUUUUCACUCUACACUUUAUUGAUUUUCUGUUUUAAUCAUGAAAUCGGAUUUACUUUUAUGGGCACAAUUAUUUAAUCAGUCAUCGAAUGAUAUAUUACCAGAACAAUUAAGCGAUGGAUUAUUAUUGAAUACAAUAUUUGGAAUUAUUGAUGAACGGAUCGAUCCAGAUGAUCGUCUAUGUAAAACUGUAACAUGUGUAAAAGAUAGAUUAAUGAAUUGGAAAAUAAUCAUUCAAAAUUUGAGAAACUAUUAUUUGGAAGUUCUACAAGAAGUCAUAACAAUUCGUCCACCAAAUAUUGUCCUGGUCAGUAAAAUACCUGAUUCUGCUCAAGCUGAUCAAGAAUUAGAAAAGAUUCUACUUUACUUAUUAUGUGCAGCUGUACGAUGUGAUCGACGUGAUUAUUUUAUUCGUCAAAUUAUGGAGAAUUUAAAUCCAGACGUCCAGACUGGUAUAAUGACAUGUAUUAAAAAUGUUACUGAAUGUCCGGCAAGUAUCGUAAGUUUUGAAAAAAUUCGAUCAUCUGAUGCUGAUAUUUUACGAACCUUUCGAUCCGUAGUCAAUCAACUUGAAGAUAUUUAUUUAGAGGAAAUUAUUCAGUUAUUAGAUGAAUUAGCAUCAUUACAAAACAAAUUUAUCACAUUACAAGCAAGGUACCAAUUAGCUUCGCGAUCUAAAACAUUAGGACCUAAUGGAUUAAAAGAAAGAUCUGUUUCUACCAUAUCACUCGGUGUUGAUAAUUCACACAGUAAUAGUAAUGGUCAUUUCGCUAUAUCUACACCUAGGCUCGAUGAACAACCAUUUUUGUCACGUAAAAAAUCGGAUAUCAGUGAUUUAAAUGAAUCUUUUGAACAAACUAAUGAACAUUUAAAUGAUGGAGUUUUUAUGAAUGAUAAUAACGUUAAUCAAAAUACUGCGACUAAUAAUAAUAUCAGUAAUAUAAAUGAGUUAUCAGAAAUUGGUCGAAUGGAUUCUGGUUUAGAAGUGGAAACAACAGAGUUAGACUCAAUCCGUUCUUUGUACCCACCAGCUGAUAAUUUAACACCUGAAAUUCUUGUAAUGGAUACGGAUAAGCAUCAUUUAUCGGUCGAGUUGGCUGAAACCAAAGCUAAGUUACGUCGAGCACAUAUUGAAAUUGAAGAUCAAGCUGAUCAAUUAGUUGAACUACAAGAUCAUUUAUUUGAAACACGUCGUGAAUUAAGUCAAGUAAAAGAGGAACGGGCACGUUUAGCUGAUGCAGCUUAUACAGCAAGACAUUGGCAAGAUGAAGUAGAUGCAUUAAAACAAACAGCAGAACGUGUUAUUAAUUUAGAAGCAGAAAAUGAAAAACUCAAAGAAAGACUACAUGAAAUCGAUUAUUAUAAAGCUCGAUGUCAACAACUUACUGAAGAUUUAGAAAUUUUAUCUAAUGAACAUUCACAAUGGGCAGAUAACGAAGAAAUCACUCAUGAAUAUCAUCAUAAAAUUACAGAUUUAGAAAAAGAAUUAAAUAAAACACGAUGUCAGUUGACAGAAACAGAAAAUGCUCGAAAUUCAGAUUUGGAUUUAAUUAAAAACCUUCACGAGGAAUUAGGAAAACUUAAGUUAGAACACUAUACACAUAAAAAGUUUAUGAAUUCACCUAAUAAACUGAUUAAUUCAAAAGACAUUGUAACUAAUGAUGAUAGUAAUAAUAACAAUAGUAAUGAGAAAAGUAAUCAAAUUAUACAACAGAAACAACAAAAUCGCAUUUCAUUCGAUGCAACUGAUGAAGACUUGACUACUAUCGAGAUUUCAGCGAAUAACCAACUACACCACCAACAACAACUCUUAUCACAAUCAAAUGGAUUGAAUUGUAGUUUAUCAGAUCAAUUAUCAGAAUCAGUGACAAAUCGUUUAAAUCAUUUAGAAGAAGUGAACCGACGUUUAAAUAAAGAACUUGAAGUGACUAAAAUGUUAUUAGUUAAAGCUCAGUCUGUUAAUGAAGUUAAUAUUGAGACAGAAGCAUCUUUAGCUGAAGUGAAACGUGAAAAUCAAUUGUUAACUAAUAAGCUUGAAAGACUCGAAACAGCUUUGUCAGUUCAAGAUGAGCGUUUAUGUCAAUUGGAUUUAGAACGAAUGAGCUUUGAAACGGAUGCAAGAAAAACAAGAGAAUCGUUAAAUUCAUUUAAAGAAACUUCCGAAAGACAUAUCAGUGAGUUAUCACGUGAAAAUGAUUAUUUAACUGAAACUAUCAAGAACUUAAGAGGUAAAAAUAUCAAUGAUAUUUCAUCAGAUGAAAGAAUUGCACGUCUAGAAAAAGAAAAUAGUGUGCUUGGUGAAUCCGUUCAAAAUAAUGUGACAUGUUUAGCACGAGCUGAGCUAGAAAUCAGUCAAUUACGUCAUCGUUUGACUAAAGCAGAUGAAUUAUGUAAACGUUUAGAUUCAUUAACAGAUGAACGUAAUCAAUUAAGUGCUGAAUUAGGAGCAGCAAAGCGUGAAAUUACCGCUUUAAAAGAAGCCUGUUCAAAACAAACAGAUCUAGAGAUAGCUCUUGUCUCAGCAGAAGGUAAUUGUGCACGUCUUCAAACACAAUUGUCAACUAUCCGUGCAACAUGUGAAAAUUCAGUAAAUAUGGAAAAUGAAUUGAUAAGAUUGAGGCAAAUUGAAACUAAAUGUGAGCAAUUGCAAAAUGCGUUGUUUGCUGCUAUACAAAAGACAGCUCAAGUUGAAGUGGAACGGGAUAAUUUAUCAACACGUCUAACUAAUUUAAAACAAAGUCUUCAUUCUCAAAGGUUAUUAGAGUCAGAAAAUGAUGAAGCUGAUGAUGAAGAAGGUGGAAUAGUUGGUUUACAUGAUGAAGAAGUUGAUAGUGGUAAUAAAACGGGUGAUUCAACAGAAGAAACAUCUCCUGAAUGUUUAGGUGUAACGAAAUUACGCAGAAAAACCAUAAGUGUGCCACCAAAUUUACGUCAUCGUGAUCGACGACGUAGAGGAGGAUAUAUCAGUUAUGAAACGGAACUUGGCAGGUUGGAUUCAGAAAUUAAACGUUUAGAAGCAGAAAGAGAUACAUUGCGUAAAAGUCUGGAAGAAAUCCAAGCUAAAUUAACAAAUGAAGAGGCAGCUCAUGAGUCUGCUAUGAAAGAAUCAGAUGAGAAAUCAAGGCAGAAGAUUAGUCAAUUGGAAUCAGAAGUAAAUCAUUUGAAAGCAUCAAUUCGACUAUCUGAUCAAGAAAUACGAAGAUUACGCAGAGAGUUAAGGGAUUCUGAAACAGACCAACAUUUAUCUGAUGCAAUGGAAAAGAUUAAACAAUUAGAAUCACAAAUUCUAAGAUUGAAUAAUACAAUUAAACAAAAUGAAACACAUUUGAAAGAUGGUGAACAACAACGAUCCGAAUUACGUCAACAAGUAAAUAUUGAACAGAAAACAGUUUCAGCUUUACGUAACGAAUUAAUUAUGGAAAAAAUCCAGUUACAAAAACGUAGUUCUGAAUUGAAAUGUAUUCAAGUCUGUUUAGAAAAGUAUGGAUUAUCAAAAAAUUGGUUCAAGGAAUUAAGUUCUAAAGAAAAUAGCAUAGAACAAACAAAAUUAAUAGAUUCAUUUAUGGAAAAUUUUAUUAGUCAAUUAACUAAAAAUGUAAAUAUUAAAAAUGAAGAAUUUGAUUUAAUUAAACAACAAAUUAAUGGACUUCAAUUAAAAAAUUCUGAAUUAAUAAGUCAAUUAAAAAUAAAAAGUCAAGAAUUAGAAGAAUAUGAAAAAAUAAAAGCUAAUAACUGUACUACUAUUAAUACUACUGAUAUUUCAAUACAAGAAAAUUCUUCAAUUUUAAUACAAAUAAAAGAUCGUGUCAUUGAACUUGAACGUGAAAAUGCACGUCUUAAUGAAGCACUACAGAAUGAAAUUGCACACAAUGAAAAUAUUAAAGCAAAUAAUCAAAACUUAGAAAUACGUAUUAAUACUUUUCAAGAACAAUCUGUUUCAAUACAACGACAAUUAGCUGAAUUAAUUGCAACAAAUGCUCGUUUACAAGUUGAAAAUACUACAUUACAUAGUCAGUUAGAUAGUUUUCAAGGUCAAAAUUCUAAUCUAUCUGCCCGAAUUACUGAACUUGAAUCUGAAAUUCACCAUUUAUCAAAUGUACUUGAUACAAUGCAUACAUCUAAAUCACAAUUAACUACUGAUUAUGAACAAUUACAAUGUCUACAUGAAAAAUUAACACAAGAUUAUGAACAAUUAAUUGAAGCAUUGAAAACUUCAAAAGAAUCUCAACGUCAAUUAAAAGCAGAAAUACAAUUAGCUAAUGAACAAGUUAAUAAAUUACAAAGUGAAGCAAAUGAAGUACAACGAUUAAAAAAUGCAUUAGAACAAGAAAGAGGUAGUUUAAAAGGUGAAGUGAAACAAAUUGUUCAAUUCAGAGAAGAAAAUGCACGUUUACAAUCUGAAUUAAAUUCUUUAAAUGCAAUAUUAACUCGUGAAAGACAUGAAAAAACUAAUAUAUUAGAACGUAAUCGAGAAAUUCGUCAUCAAUUACAAGAUAGUGAACAUAGAAAAGAACAAUUAACUAAUGAAUUACAAAAAUAUCAAAAAUUAGAACAAACAUUACAUAAUGAAAUAGAAAGUUUAAAAACACGAUUACAAAUGUUAACAGAACUUAGUUCGAAAUAUGAAAAAGAAAAUAAAUCACUACUUAGUCAAUUACAAAGUUUAUUGAAUCAAAAUCAAGAGAUUUUAGCAUCAACUUUGAAAAAUUGUGAAAAUCAUGUCAGUCAAGAAGGUGUACUCAGAGAACGUUUAUUAUCUAUGCAUAGACAAAAACAACAACUUGAAGAAAAAGUUAUGGAACAAUAUCGUAAUGGUUCAUCAUCUAAAAGUGAUUUGACUAAUCAACUGCUUUUGGAAAGUCAAAGACGUUUGACGCUUAUUCAAAGAGCUCGGGCAGCAUUAAAUAAACAUCAUUUUCCACACAAUGCUGAAUACAAUAAAAAUAAUUUAGGUUAUAGCACUGUUUCUACUUUACAUUCUCAAUCUUCCUGGUUAAAUGAUAGUUACAGAUCAAUACCAACCAUCGGACAAACAUCAUCAACAUUGCAUCGUUGCGAUAAACGUCUUGUACCUGGUUCAGUGUCCAUUUAUGAUCGUGAUCCAGAUGAACAAAGUCAGGAUGCUUUAAAACAAUUUUUAAAAUAUUUAGAUGAUUCAAGUGGAACCAACACACGACCAAGUUCAGCUGUUCCUCCUCAAAUUUCAAAUCAUAAACAAUUUGGAAAUCACGAUUUCUUAUUGCCUAUAAGACCAAAUUCCGGUGGUUUAACAAUGAGUCCAUGCAUAGAGAAACGACCACAAUCAAGGUUAAGCUCAGAUAGAUUUACUGAAUGUAUGGAUUCACCGAUUUCUGGUCGAUCUUCUCAUUCAAGUUCAAAUGGUAUAAAAUCUCAAUUAAUUAAUCAAACUCAUCAUUUUCCACACCGAAUCGAUAAACAUAUUCUUAAUUUGAAUAACACAAAUGGUUGGUUGAGUAACGAUGAUUCACAUGAUCGUUCAGUAUGUAGUAGUAAUAGCAGUAGUAAUGGUAUGAAUAGUCAAAAUCUUCCAUCAACAGAAAGAUGCGAAAAACAAAUUAGUGAAAUUGUACAAAUUAAAGCAACUACUGAUGAAUCAAAUAAUGUAAUUCAUAAAAACAUUAUAUCAGACACAUCAACUAAUAUCAAUACAAGUUCACCGAAACCAGGUCUAUCCAGAUCCUCAUCGUUGUGUUACAAUAAACUCAACGAUCCAAUACACGUGCAACGUGCUUUGAAUAGUAUGGCUAGUAAUAAUGCUAAUAGUUGUCAUUCUACUCAAAUAAUAAACAAUUCAUUGACAAAUAGAUGUGAUGAUAAUCCUACCAGUAGUGGUACCGUUGGAUUGAAUAAUUCCAAAUAUUUCAACAACCCUACUUAUAUCCAACAUACAGGAAAAUCUUUCGAGUCAAAUACAAGUUCAAAAUCCGAAAACAAUCAAAAAUCUAUGCCACCAAACAAUAACAGUUAUAAUAUAAAUAGUAUGGCUAGUAAUUGUACUGAGUCCAUCCCAAUAUUCGACCAUCAUAAAACAUCGAAUAUGAGUAAAUCCGCUUUAUUACGAGAACAAUUCUUCAGUUCUAUGAUAGGUGAAGCUGAUCGUAAUCAACAAACGCAACAACAUCAGUCUUUAGAAUCUUCUUCAGAGUUACCUAGAAAACCGAAAGUCUUACUGCAAUACAGAGAUUUGUGAUUUAUAUUGAGUAUAAAACAUCCUAUGUACAUCAUUUAUUUACUUCAUUUAUACUUUUUCAUAAUACAUUUGUGAAUAUCCACACAUGGUAUAUAAAAAAAGUUAUUUCUUAUUAUCUAGUAACUAUAUAUUUUUUAUAAUAUAGCUGUGCACAAUGUUUUUCUCUUUUUUUUGGAAUAUUUAAUUGCACACUUCUCUGAUCUCACUCUAGUGAACAUAGAUAUUCGACCCAUGUCUUCCUUUCGUACUGCUCGUCAUUAUGACUGGUUUCGCUUUAAAUCUUGUUUAAAAAUGCGUGGUGCGUAUUUUGAAAUUUCUUACAAUAGACUGAAAUUUGAAAUUUUUUAAUUAAGAAUAGUGCAUAAAUCACUUUAUUAUUAUAUUUGAAUGCACUUGAAAUGAUAUUAUUCACAGAAUUUCCAUGUACAGUUAAUUAAUUAUUAUUGCUUUUGUUUAAUAUAAAGGAUAUUAUAUACUUACAUAAAUAUUCACACGCUUUCGUUCAAUAUCCAGCUUAAUAAUCAUGAGAAUUUUAGUGUUUCAAGUCUGAAAAUACAUUUUGAGUAAUUGUUAUAUAAUCAAGUACAAACGAACAAACAUUGUGCUUAGAUUAGUACGUAU